AUGAUAACACGUGAUGACAAAGAGGUAGAGGAAGGUCAAAUAUCCGGAAAAAAGAAUGAUACUAGCUCAAACAUGAACACAAAUAAUGAUAAUAAAAGUGGUACUAUUAGUGUUCUUGCAUUUCUGAAUGCUUCAAGACACAAGCCAAAAAAAUCAACGAAACAACCAUCAUCAUCUAAUGACUCACAGGCUACUGAUGAUGAUGAUGAUGAUGCUGAUGAUGAUAAUGGUGAUAAUAGGAAACACCCUGGUUUUAAAACUACUGGUGUAAAUUCUAAAAAGGUCAAGAAAACAAAGCCAAAGAAAAAAACGAAAAAACAACCACAAUCAUCUAAUGAAUCAGAGGCUAGUAACGAUAAUGAUACUGAUGAUGAUGAUGAUGAUAAUGUGGACGUGAAGGAGAAACGAAUAGGUACUUCAUCGAAAAUUAAAGAGGAGAAGCAAAAAAUUAAAAUAAAUCAGAAAAUGGAUGUUACUAAAUUCUCAACAUCAGAUUUGGUUCAAAAAUAUCAUGAAAGUUCAACAGAUCAUGAUAAAAAAAGUUUAAUUAUAAAAGAAUUACAUAAGCGAGCUCAAGGUAUAUCAAGUGGACCAUUAACAGAACAAGAUGAUUUAUCGGGAUAUACACGGUAUAUAAAAAUAUAUACUGAUUUAGAUCACCAUAGAUUGAAUUCAACAUUAAUGGAAACUAGAGCAAAAAUUUCUAAAAUCACAGAUCCUGAUAUCUUACAAAUAGUACGUGUACCACAAAAUUUAUUAGUAGAAGUCGCUGCAUUAUAUAAUGUACAACAAAAUCCAUCAAUGAAUGGCGGUGACAGUAAUAGCAAUAAUAGUCGAGGAUAUUGGCCUCGAGCAGGAGAAAUUCCAUAUCCUCAACCAGUAAAUAAUCCAAGCUUCAACGAACGCCCAGGUCCAGAUAAUUCUUAUGAUAUUAAUCGUUAUCGAGCACCAUCACCAUCAUCAUAUUUAGAUCAAUCAAAUUAUCAUGAGAAUAUGCAACAACAUUUACAACGAUUUCCACCACCGUCGCCAUUCCAACAAAUAAAUCUAAAUUAUCCAUACGAAAUGCAACAUCUACGAUAUACACCCGAACAACAAUCUGCACAUCGGCUAUCACCAUCUGAUCAACAACGAUCGCCAAAUAACUUAAAUCAACGACAAUCACCAAAUAACUUCAAUCAACAACAAUUUUAUGAACAGUAUAUACCUGAAAGACAAUCUGCAUUUCAACCACCACCAGUAUUAUCCCAUGGUCAACAAAAAUUAAUAAAUGAUUUGGAUCAACUGUAUUUACAACGACAAAAAUCAGGUUAA